AUAAGUGUGACGGUUAUGGAGUCGAGGCUCUCAGUCGUGCGCACCAACCGGUUGUCUUCACACGGCCGCCAGCAGCACUUCGUGCAAGAGUUGAAUGAAGUUUAUUUGAAAACCGUUUUUCAUCCGUUUUUCUUCCUGGUGCGAUCAGUGGUGGUAGUGCGGUCUCAUCUCCUUUUGCCGAUUCGCCCCGUUUCUCACGUUGGAUUAACAAAUAUUCUAGUUGACCUGACAGGUAUGGCGGCUAGAAGUCAAACCACCAUCCAAAAAAGGAUCCGGACCGGAUCGUUCAGGCUCCGGUGUGGCAUACAGGCAGUCAAUGAGGUCGCCAUCGAUAACGCCAAGGUGACAGGCUGCGGAAUUGCUUUAGAUCCUCAUCUCGUCGUCGGCAGACGGCUCCUAAAUAAUAGAGAUUCUUCUCCAAAAACUAUUCUUCCGGAACGAUCCACUCGGAUGGCCAUCGCCGGUCGACAGUCACCAAUCGCCACUCAAUGUCGAGAUGGCGAAUGGAACGAGAGGCUGAAUCCAGAGCGGAGAAACCUACGGCCCGACGUCGCCAUUGAGCGACGCCCGUCUAUCAUGAAAGCCGCAGUACAGCAACAACAACAACAACGACGCCCAGGCCCUACUAACCCCAUUGCGGUAGGACCAGCCAAAACAACUGCCUCAACAACAACAACAACAACAGCAUCUUCGAGAAUUCCUCGGCUGCUGUUCAAUGUGUCGGCCGGCACUCCGCAUCGAGUCGGUGCCUACGUCGGAGCUUCGCCGGACUCUUCCGGCACGAUGAUGGAUCACAACGAUUCGUCGCUGGAUUUGAGUCAAAUCGGCCAUAAUCGGAGCAGCACUUGCAGCAGCCAGAGCAGUAACAGUAGUCUGAUCGUGCCCAGCAAACCAAGUCGCCUUCUUCCGCCCGGAAGUAUUGUCUCGGCUAAAUUGGCCGCUCACUACCAAGUAGGUCGUUCGCAUCUUGUCCAACAACAAUCGAGUGUUCGUGCUACCACUGCCGUUUCCGCUCUACACAAACCGACAAUCAAAUCGAAACUGCCCGUGGCAACGUCGUCCGUCAGUAAACGCCCGGAAUGUCGGAGUACACGGUCGCUUCCGGAAGGAUCCACGCGGACAAGAGUGACAAGUGCGACGACUCGUGGUACUCCUCCUCCUCCUGCUUCUAUUACACAACAACAACAACCGAAUAACGGAAGACCCAAAAAUGUUGCGCGUUCCGUCGUUCCAUCGACGUCGUCGCUGCGGAAGACGACGACGCCCGAUCGUGGAAGCGUGUCGAAGAAAAAACCCAACAACACAGCCGGAGGGCUUCAAAAGAAGGAAGAUGAGGGUGGAUUGGAAUGUGUAUCCGCCCGAGGCGGGGGUGAAAUAUCUAGGGGGUCUCAAGGUAAACCGGAGGGUUCUUUGUCUGACCCCAGAAUAACCCCACCGCCACCACCGCCACCACCAUUACUACCUGACGGAGUAGACAACCACCUGGAAAAUAAUGUAACCGACUCAUUGCUCAGUCAGAGUGCCAAGAGUGAAGAGUCUACUACUACCAGUGCUAGUGCCAGCGAAUCUUCUGGAUUAUCAUCAAUUCCGUCCUUCCAUUUGCAUUCAAACUCUCAUGGAACAAAAGUUGAAUCAGUUGUGCUGAUCCGUCAAAGUGAAUCGAUGGCAGGACGUCCGGUUUCUUACCACGAGUCGUCCGAGGAGAAGUGGACAGUGCGAAUGAGCGGCAUUCCGGCGGCUGAGAGCAGCGAAUUGCUGACGCGAUUGGAGUGCGAGCGACGCAGCAUACGUGGAACCUAUUUGGAUGAGGCGCCUUCCGUGGCCGCAGAUGUCGAGUUGAUGGAGCUCCUGGAACGCGACAUUCUCAUAAGCCAACAGCCAACAACGCCGCCCGACGAAUCCGUUGAAAAUCCGCAACGUUCUCUUUCCUUGCCCAAAUCUUUCCUCGCCACCAAGUACGGACUGAUUGGAUUCAAAGCGGCACUGCCCAGCGUCCGGUUCCCUUGGAGGAGGACCGAGGGGAAUCGAGUCACGACCUCGCAGACGGCCGCAUCUUCUUCCCAUCAGCAUCCUCCUCCCGAGCAGACUACUACGUCGAAUGCGGCGCAUACCAGUUUACCUCCAACCGGGCCGUCUACCUCACCUUCUAUUUUGACUCGACGGCCUCCCGGAAGCGCCUCGAUUACGCGGACAGCCCGUCGUUUCAAAUCGACUUCAUCGCCAGUUUUUAUCGAAGAUGACGAUCGCGUUAAUCGAAGUCACUCCGCAUGGGAUCUGGCAAGUCGACCUUGGUCGCAUUUUGGUGAAAUGUCGGUCAACGGGUCGGAAUUGGCGGAAACGAUCAGUGUGGCCAGCAUAACCGAAGUGCACACGGAAGUCAGAGAAACGACGACGACGUCGUCGUCCAACAAUUCGACAUUGAGAAAAUUCAGGAAAAGCUUCUCGCUGCGUUUGUCGCGACGGCCCUCGCAAGACGACACCGCCAACAACCAAGAGGAGGAUCAAGAUGGCGAAUCAUCUGAACAGCAACAACAACAACAGACGAGUCCCAAAUUUCGUUUCGGUCCGCUGGUCUGGCGUGCCAGUCGUGAGCGUAACAGCAAAAAAGGUGCUGCAAACAAGGCAGCCCGCAACCUUAAAUGCAAUAGUGGCGAUAGCGGCGUUCAGAUGGAGACAACGUCGCAACAUAUGGACGAGACGGACACGAAUGUUCGCCGGACUCAAUCGGAUUUGGGUGGCGAGGCGGUCAUCUCAGCGGCCCUUCGCUCGACGCAGACGUGGAAUCAGGCAUCCGCCAUUCCGGAAGCGGCAGCUAAAAAUCGCUCCCGUAAAUUGACGCGACAUCUUGCCAAAACACAUCUGAGACGCUCCGCCAGUCAACCGGUCGUCAUUCUUCCCGCAGGUGCAGGAAGAAUCCGACCGGACGGCCCUAGUGAUGAAGAUGCCGGCCUCUGUUUGUCCGAAGAUGAUAAUCUCUCCGAUUGUGGCAACAGCCCCCAGGCGGAAAAUGAAGUGGUCCGUUACACGGCAGCGACGGAAGGCGUACUGGCCAUUGCGCUGUGGGAUCACAACGCUGUCGAAUCGGAAGAACUGAGCCUCCAAUCUGGCGACGUCGUUCACAUCCUCGAUUUAUCCGAUCCCAAUUGGUGGUGGGCAGCUAGGGGGCAAACGUACGGAUGGCUUCCGGCGUCUUACGUUCAGUUGUGCGAGCAGCCGUUCCAUCGGCAACAGGGAUUGGCCCAGGGCCAGAAAUUUGCCAGGACAUUGACUCCGGCCGGAAUCGCUACUUUGCAGCAUUCGGUACGGGCCAACGUGAUCAAUGAAUUAGUCACGGCCGAGCGCGAUUACGUGAAAUUGCUCAGUGAUUUGGUCGAUGGCUACUUAAAACCGAUGAAGAGCCGACCGGAUUUGUUCUCCCAUCAAAGAAUCCAGUCCAUCUUUGGCAAUUUGGAGGCACUUUAUCAAUUUCAAAAGAGUUUUCUCGUCGACUUGGAACAUUCGCUCAACUGGAACGCACUGGAAGACAGCGUGGUCGGCGGCUGCUUUUUGCAACACAUUCAGGAAUUCGCCAUCUAUGCGACGUAUUGCAACAAUCAAGACCGCGCCGCUGCCGAAAUGCAAUUGUUGUGUGACGACAUGCGCUACCUCCGCUUUUUUGAAGCGUGUCGGCUACUCCGGCGGAUGAUCCGACUUCCCCUGGAAGCUUUUCUACUUUCACCCGUCCAAAAGAUCUGCAAGUAUCCGCUCCAACUGGCCGAAUUGCUCAAACACACUCCGGACGAACACCCUGACCGACGCUUGGUGUCGCUAGCGCUCGAUUCCAUGCGCUCCGUGGCAUAUUUGGUCAACGAAAGUAAGCGACGUGCCGAAAUGCAACAGUAUCUGGUUCAUUGGCAAUCCGGAGUCGAUCAUUGGAUGGGAAGUGAUAUUACCACAUUCAAUAGCCGCUUGGUUCAUCAGGGCGAACUUUUUAAAAUAUCGUCCAACGGAUGGACCAGAGAAGUGACCUUGUUCCUAUUCGACAAGGAGCUGGUCAUCUGCAAGAAGGAGCUGAUCAAACGCAGUUCGCUCGUCUACAAGGAUCGUUUGACUGUCGAAGAUAUUGAAGUGCUGGAACCGCUGAUGGCAGCCGUUGACGUCAGACCUCAUUCAUUCCAACUCCGGUCGUUCAGCAGGGCCAAAGCUUAUUUACUGGCCUGUCGUUCGGCCCAGGACAAGAACCAAUGGGUGUCGGCUAUCCAACAUCUCCAGCAACAUCAUUCAUCGGAUUGGCCCAUUUUCCCGGCGCCGAAUAUGAACUUUGGCCGUCAGAAAAUGUCCAGCAAAAGGAGUAAAGUCAAACAAAAUCCGGCUCUUAUUUUAACACUGGAGGAGGCUCACCUGACCCUGGAAGGUCGCGACCUACCUACAAAGCGCAAACCAUAACAUGUUGUAAUCCCCCCAUUUGAUCCACAUACACAUAUAUAAAUUAAAUAUAUAAAUAAUGUAUAUGUAAUCCCCCAAUAAUUGUAAAUGUUCCAUCCAAGAAUAAUUGAACCUUUCCCCCGAUUUUUCCUCUAAUCGUUUCCACAUCGGCAAGUUGCAACUAGUCAACGUUUUGAGUACUUCAUCAAAUAAAUAAAAUAAUUUUCCCUCUUGUUAUCAA